AUGUGGCCCUCCAACAGCACCCACUUCUACUCUCCCGUCUUUGUCCUGCUGGGUGUCCCAGGGCUGGAGGAGGCACAUGGCUGGCUCUCCAUCCCUUUUUGUGCUGGGUUCCUCAUUGCUCUUCUGGGGAACUUCACCAUCCUCUCCGUUGUGAAGACCGAGGCCAGCCUCCACCAGCCCAUGUUCUACUUCCUCUGCCUGCUCUCCUUCGUCGACUUGGGCCUCUCCAUCUCCACCCUGCCCAAGAUGCUGGCCAUCUUCUGGUUUGGCCUGGGGGAGAUCACGUUUGACGCCUGCCUGGCCCAGAUGUUCUUCAUCCACACCUUCACGGGGAUGGAAUCCAUGGUGCUCCUGGCCAUGGCCUUCGACAGGUACGUGGCCAUUUGUGACCCACUGAGAUACUCCACUAUCCUCACACAAGCCACUGUGAUUUGGAUAUGCCUGGGCAUAACUCUAAAGCCAGCCUGUCUGAUAUUUCCGAUGACUGUAAUGUCGAAAUGCCUGCCUUUCUGCAGUGCCCACAUCAACAUGCCCCAUACCUACUGCGAGCACAUGGGUAUCGCCAAGCUGGCCUGCACAGACAUCCGUGUCAAUGUUUUCUAUGGCCUUUGGGUUGCUUCCUUUCUUGUGCUGGAGUUGAUCCUGAUCGCCGCUUCCUACGCGAAGAUCCUGCAGGCUGUUUUCCGGCUUUCCUCCAAGGAGGCCCGGCUCAAAUCCUUGAGCACCUGCAGCUCCCACAUUGCUGUGAUUUUUGUCUUCUACACACCAGCUUUAUUCUCCUUCCUCACCCACCGCUUUGGACACAACAUUCCCCAUUUUGCCCACAUCCUCAUUGCCAACCUCUACGUCAUUCUACCCCCAAUGCUCAACCCGGUCAUCUACGGAGUGAGGACCAGAGAGAUACGGACACGGAUCAUCAGGAAUUGGCCCAAGCUCCGUCUGGAACCUAUCAGGAUCCAUCAGGCGCCUGGGGCGGACCCAUCUAAUUGGGACCGCCUCCCUGCGGCGGGGUGUAGCGGUACGAAGGUCCAGACGAAGGAGUGAGUGAUCUGACCAUGACAAGGGUUCCAUGUCUAUAUCCCCUAUAACAAGAUCACUCAACCACUGGCCAGAGACAAAAAUCAAGUCUAGAGUGUGUCCCCCCCCGUGAGUGGGGCCAUGAACUAACUGGGUCAGGUCCAUGGCCGUCAUGGAAGCCAUGAACUCCCGAGCCAUCCCAGACGUUUCAC